CACGUGGCCCGAGACUGGAGCCAUCUUGUGCAGACAAGAAUCAUGUCCGCUCCCAUCAAUUCUAUUUUACGUCGAGGUGGGAAGUUCAUCCCUGCAGCGCACUUGAACGAUGGAUUUGCAGUGAGUUUUGUUUCAUGGAAUAGGUGGAUGAUCACCCAUUGAAUGCCAGCCAUGAAUACCGAAUCAAUAACUGUACUUUUCUGUUGUGUCACUCUAAUUUGUCUACCCUCCCCAUUCUUCGAUGUAUUUUUGCUAUUUGAACAGUUCGUCGGCAGUUCCCUGCACACACAUCACCAUCUCAAAAGCACCAACAAGCCUCAUAGGGAAGAGAUCACAAAAAGGCUCCAGGAUGGCCCCAGCUUUCAGGAUUUCCUUGACAAAGAAGUUGACGUUGGGGAAACAUGGAGUUUGUAUCAAGGAAAGCUAAAGAAGCAAAAGGGAGAUAAAGAGAGAUUACGCUUGCCCCCAUGGCUGAAGACUGAGAUACCCAUAGGGAGGAACUUCCAGAAAAUCAAGGAAUCUCUACGAGGGCUGAACCUGCACACAGUAUGUGAGGAAGCCAAAUGUCCAAAUAUUGGAGAAUGUUGGGGUGGUGGAGAGAAAAAGACUGCCACAGCGACCAUCAUGCUCAUGGGUGAUGAGUGCACUCGUGGCUGCCGCUUCUGUUCUGUGAAAACCUCCCGUAAGCCCCCACCUCUGAAUAAUGAAGAGCCUGUCAAUACAGCAGCUGCGAUUUAUGCCUGGGACCUGGAUUAUGUGGUGCUUACAUCUGUUGAUAGGGAUGAUUUACCAGAUGGAGGUGCUGAUCACUUUGCAAGGACAGUAGAAGAGAUCAAAUCCAGAAACUCAUCAAUCUUGGUCGAGUGUCUGACCCCCGACUUUCGAGGCAAUAGGGACUCAGUUCAGCGAAUUGCAUUGUCAGGAUUGGAUGUGUUUGCACACAACAUCGAGACUGUUGCAGCUUUGCAAGCUUUUGUUCGUGAUCCUCGGGCCAACUAUCAUCAGUCCCUCUCUGUUCUCAAAGCAUCCAAGGAAUUCCAGCCUGAUCUGAUCACUAAGACAUCUGUAAUGCUUGGUCUUGGAGAAUCUGAUGAUCAAGUUCUACAGACUUUGAAAGACUUGAGGGAGGUAGGUGUGGAUUGCUUAACCAUUGGCCAAUACAUGCAACCCACAAAGCGACGCCUCCAUGUGAAAGAGUAUGUCACCCCUGCCAAGUUUAAGCAUUGGGAGGAGGUUGGGAACGAACUGGGCUUCCUCUACACUGCCAGUGGGCCAUUGGUAAGAAGUUCCUACAAGGCAGGAGAGUUUUUCCUGAAGAAUCAUCUGAACAAGAGAAGGGAGUCAGCCUGAUCUCUUCUAUUAUUGGUGGUCUUUUUUGUGCAAUAAAAAAUUAUAGUGAU